AUGUGUGGGUCAACACAGAAGAAGCUGGGGCUGUGCGGAGGUGGCACCUGUUUGCCUGUCCUUACACCUUCUCUCGCUAAGGUUCCCAACAGUGCUGCUGCCCCCGCGCUCACCAUGACAUGUGCUGCCGUGCCCCUCGAUGCCACCUCUGUGGCGGCACUGUUGAAGGUGGGGGCGGCUCUCUGGGUCAGAGACAUAGACUGGCGCAACGGCAGCAAGUGCAACAUUGAGGGGCAGAGCGCCAACCCCAAGUCGUUUCCGGGCGUGUGGUGCAACGCCAACGGCACCGUCCUCAACAUCACGUUGCCCAACAAGGCACUGAGGGGCAUCAUCCAUGCCGACAUCUCCAAGCUCACUGCCCUCUCCUACCUGUACGUCCCAAUCCUUAACCUCAACUCCACGCCACCUGGGGAGUUAGCCAGCACAAUAUCCCUUCCCCUUCUGCAUGCAUGUUACGCCUCUGUUGCAACAACCCCUCCUAUCACUCGUUCUCUUCCUCCUCCUCUCCCACGCCCACUCGCAGCGAUCUGUCCUACAAUAUCUUCUUUGCGCACAUCUGGCUGUGCCUUCUGUGGUUCCGCCACGGGCGCCCCGCCUUUCUGUGCCGGCACCACCUGCACUCCCGAUGUCGCUGCUCGCCUCGCCGCUGGCACUGUCAACAACCUCACCUCCACCCUCCCAGCAAUGUUCUGCAAGGCCGUUGCAGUGGAUGAUAACUCUGCGCUGGCGCUGCUGGCUCUGAGGGCGGGGCUGGGCGUGAGUGCGAGCAGCUGGGCGGUGGACUCGCCCUGCACGCUGGCGGGCAACGCCCCCGCGGUGGACAGCUGGACGGGCGUCGUCUGCGACCUCUCGGGCCAAGUCAUUAGCCUGUCUCUCAACUACAACUGGUUCUCCGGCCCUCUGCCCUCAUUCCUCCUCACCAUGUCCUCCCUCUCAGCGCUCAACGUGCAAUUCAACUACCUCACUGGUCCCAUCACCGGCACUCCCUUUGCCUCCCUCAAGUUCCUCAACGUCGCCUCCAACCUCCUCACAGGAACCUUCCCAGCAUCUUCCACCACCGCAUGUGAUGCACACAGCAACUGCUUAGCAGACUCCUCCAAGUGCCUUGCCUCCGGCGCCUCCUCCCAGAGGCUCGCCUCUGACUGCAACGUCUGUGGUUUGGGGAGUUCCAGUGGGGUGGUGUGCAAUGGUGGGGCGUGCACCCCUGACACUACCGAGCCAGUGGCAGCACUCACGCCUAAUAAUGCCUCUGCUGCUCUGCUGCCCAUGCAGUGCUCGGGUGUGCGCAUUGACGCCACUGCAGUCAGCAGCUCCUCCCCUGGCCCGAGGGACUUGGGAGGCGUGCUGUGCAGCCCGGCCGGUGCUGCGGUGGAGAUCAACCUCAACACGCGCCAGCUGGCUGGAUCCAUGCAUGCAGAUAUCUCCAAGCUGGCUGCAUGCAUACAUUACUCUGCAAGGGCUUUCUACUCAAACUAUCUGGCGGGUCGCUUGGAUGCCUUCACUGCGCCCUUCACUGCUCUCUCCAGCCUAGAGAUUCUCCAACUGCACUACAACUACCUUUUUGGGACCAUCCCCUCGGCUCUAAUUGGUCUCAAGAGCCUUUCCAAGCUGAGUCUGGGCUCCAACUACCUCACUGGGAGCGUGCCAGUGCCAGGCACUGCCAUGAAGCACCUGGACCUCGAAAACAACUACCUCGUGGGAACCUUCCCAUCAGUUUCCGUGCUGUCCUGCUCGGCACGCACCAACUGUUUCUCGAGUGUAGCUGCUUGCACGGCGGACGGAGGCAAAGGGACUGCUCAGAGAGCCACGUGCAGUAUCUGCGGCAGUGCCGAUGGCACGGGGGUGUUGUGUGGCGGCGGUGGUGCUUCCUCCUGCCAGCCCACAGCUGACUCCCUCGCCUCCCUCUCAACGCUUAACAGCCCCUAUGCGUCUGCGCUCCCUAUGGCAUGCUCCUUGCUGCCGGCUGUACCCGUCAACUCUACUGCCAUGGCAGCGCUGCUGGGCAUCAAGACAGCCUUGGGGGUGACGUACACAGGGUGGGCGGCAAACGCUGUCUGCACGCUGGCAGGGACAGCUGGCACUGUAGCGAGUGGGAGCUUGACGGGUGUGGAGUGUGACUCAGCUGGCAACCCCGUCAAGAUAACUCUCAACAACCAGCAGCUGUUCGGAGUGCUCCCUGGUGAUGUCACCAAACUCACAGCGCUGACUCACCUCAACCUGCAGUCCAAUCUGUUCAGGGCACGCCUUGAAGAUUUCGCACUGAGGCUUCCUGCCCUCACCAACCUGGCGGUGCUGUACACGAGACUAAUACCAUGCGCUUUUUCCCUUCCGCAACAAGCCUGCUGGACUACAACUGGUUCAAGGGCUCGCUGCCCCGCCUCUCCUCGCCAUGACCAAACUCACCCGCCU